AUCAAUGUGCCAUGACUGUGUUUGAUGAUGGAGGCAGAUGGAAGAAUGUGAGCUGUAAUGAAAGAAAACCCUUCAUCUGUUAUGAUGAUAAGUUUAUCCUGAUCAAAGAAAAUAAAACCUGGGACGACGCCUUGACCUACUGCAGACAGAACCACCAUGACCUGGUCACCAUCAGCAACAUGGAUGAUCAGAUAUCAGUCCAGCAGGAAGCCCAGUUUGCAUCGACUGAUUAUGUCUGGAUGGGUCUGAGCUACGCCUACACUCUGGAUCUGUGGUUCUGGGUCAGUGAUGAGGUGGUCAGCUAUGAGAACUGGGCCUCAAAUCCACCAAUGGACGACUGUGACAUGUCUGGAACCAUGGAGACGGGAGGAAAAUAUAAGUGGUGGAAGAAAAAUGACCUUGAGAAAUUUAAUUUCAUUUGUUCUAAAGAGUAA